GCAGGCUGGGCUGGCGGCGUGGGGCGGCUCCCGGCGGCGGAGGCUGCUGGUUCCAGUCGGCCAGCUCAGUGCGGCGGCGGCUGCUGCGUCUGCGGACGGCGGCGGCUCUGCGGGACUCGGGGCCACGCUCUCACCUGCGCCGCACCGCCUGGCGCCGGAGCGCGGCGCUCACGGUUUGCUCCGAGGCCACGUUGAUGUGACGCAGGGAGUCACCUUUGACAGCAUCACUGGGGAGAGGCUGUCUUUCUCAUUAAAAAGCCACGUGGAGAACAAAUAGCAGAGGAGCCAAGUGCCAGCGCCCCAUCUUGUAGUGUCAUCAAUAUGUUUUUUAAAACAUCAAGACAGAGGACUUGCGCAUGAAGAAAAGGAUUUGUUCAUCAGUGUUAUUUUUAGCAGCGUUUAAGAGUUCUGUCUUCCUGGGUACACGGCCCUGUGAAACCUAAGACAUAAAGGUCUUCCCGGCCUCUUCAGAGCAGUUUUGUCUCCCGGAACUUUAUUUGCUUGCCCUGUUUUUACUCAUCCAAGUCCUCAGAGGCUGUGGCUCAGGGAAGACAUGGACUUGGGAACUCGGGCUGCCCUGCAGGGCUGCAGUGGGCUUCAGCGGACGGUUCUAGAGGACGUCCAUCGCCGUCCGAGCCCGCAGCCCGAAGCGUGGGUCCUGGUGUCGAUGCAGACCGUGGCUUGAGGAUGGCCUGGGUGAAGUUCCUGCGGAAGCCUGGGGGCAGCCUCGGGAGGGCCUACCAGCCGGGCAGCACGCUGUCGCUGGCGCCCACCAAGGGCCUGCUAAACGAACCUGGGCAGAACAGCUGCUUCCUCAACAGCGCUGUGCAGGUCUUGUGGCAGUUGGACAUAUUCCGACGAAGCUUGCGGGUUCUGACUGGGCAUGUUUGUCAAGGAGAUGCCUGCAUAUUUUGUGCACUGAAGACCAUGUUCGCGCAGUUUCAGCACAGCCGGGAGAAGGCCUUGCCCUCCGACACCAUCCGGCACGCCCUUGCCGAGAGCUUUCGGGACGCCCAGCGCUUCCAGCUGGGCCUCAUGGACGACGCUGCCGAGUGCUUCGAGAACAUCCUGGAGCGGAUCCACUUCCACCUGGUGCCCAGCAGCGACACCGACAUGUGCACCUCCAGGUCCUGCAUCGCCCACCAGAAGUUCGCCAUGACUCUGUAUGAGCAGUGCGUGUGUCGUAGCUGCGGAGCCUCUUCAGACCCUCUGCCUUUCACGGAGUUUGUGCGGUACAUUUCGACGACGGCCCUCUGCAAUGAAGUUGAGAGAAUGCUAGAGAGGCACGAGCGCUUCAGGCCCGAGACGUUUGCAGAACUGCUGCAAGCGGCCAACACCGCCGACGACUACAGGAAGUGCCCGAGUAAUUGUGGCCAAAAAAUAAAAAUCCGCCGUGUGUUAAUGAACUGCCCAGAGGUCGUCACAAUUGGCUUGGUCUGGGACUCGGAGCAUUCUGACCUGACCGAGGACGUCGUUCGGAACCUGGCAACACACCUCUACCUUCCUGGGCUGUUCUACAGGGUGACGGACGAGAGCGCCCGGAGCAGCCAGCUGCAGCUGGUGGGCCUGAUCUGCUACGCCAGCCGGCACUACUGCUGCUUCGCCUUCCACACCAAGACCUCCAAGUGGAUGCUCUUCGACGACGCAAAUGUGAAGGAGGUUGGAGCUCGCUGGAAAGACGUGGUCUCCAAGUGCACCCGGGGUCACUUCCAGCCACUGCUCUUGUUUUAUGCCAACCCAGACGGCACGGCGGUCUCCACUGAGGAUGCACUCAGGCAGGUGGUCACCUGGUCACAUUACAAAUCUGUUGCAGAAAAUAUGGAACGUGAGAGGUCUACAGUUUAUAAGUCGGAUAAUUGCAGAGAAAAUGAGUGUAGCGAUCACAGAAAACCGAGAGAAGGUCAGAACCUUCAGAGUGAGGUUUCCUCAUUUAACCGGAGCCCUGUUCAGGCAAGCGGAGGGAGAGGAGCAGUUAAGUUGAGCCACAGUGAUCAGAGGGAAAAGAUAAAAGACAUCUCCAGAGAAUGUGCUCUGAAGGCCAUCCAACAGAGAAACUUGCUCUCUGCACAGAGGAAAGAUUUAGAAAAGGGGCAGAGGAAGGACACAGCCAGACCCAGAGGUGUGUCUGACGAGGAGCCCUCACAUCUCAAGCUGGGGUCACCGUCUGCCCCCAGUGGCUUUGGGAGACAGUGCAGUGUGCAGCUGUGCCACAGUCCAGGGAAGGAGCCCUGUCGACAGGAGCGAGUGGCCUGUCGGGGUCGAGCUGCUGGGCACACGGCCAGUCCCAGCCAGUCCCAGGCACCUGCUGCAGGAGAGAGAACAGCCGGCAAGGUCAGCGGCAGCGCCGGACGUGGCUCGGACAGCAGCCGGGGCUCCCGGGACAGAGCACGUGGCCGCAGCCGGGGCCGCGGCUGGAGGCCCCUGAGGGAGGCCUUGAACGUGGACAGUGUGUUCAGGGAGAGUGGGAGGAGACCGCACAGCCCACGGCACCCGUCCAGCUGCAGGGACAGGCCCCAGGAUGGCCAGGAGCAGGCCUGCGACAGCUGGUCCAGAGGGAGCGGGAAGCCAGAGGGGCUGGUGACCAUCUACGAGGACGAAGGCAAGCCAGAGACGGGAAGCAGGAGCUCCCUGGACUCCAGCGGGAAGGGCGCAGGGAGGAGGAGAGGCCCCGCAGAGCGCGGCACACCCGGGGACGGCUGGCAGAUGCAGAGGACUGAGUCCGGGUACGAGAGCAGCGACCACGUCAGCAGCGGCUCUGCCAGCCUGGACGCGGCGGCUGCCGAUGGAGAUGGCCCCGUGGAAGCCAGCGGUGCUGUUGCGGAAGCAGGGCCCUGCAGUGACCAGAGCAAGAUGAGUAGCCCAAACCCAGAGGGUGCAGACUGUGCCUCCCUCCAGAGUGGACACCAUGCAGGAGAUUUUAGAAGACGACAUAGGGACUUGGAACCAGGCUGUGGAUCCCCUGAGCUCCAGCCAGAGUCACAUCUGCAAGUAAAAAGUCAUUUGGUGAAAAGGCCACAUGCCCGUGAAACCAGUGGAAACUGCCUGCCUUCACCUGGCCCCCAAAUACUGAAGGACAGUACUGCAAGGGAACAUACCCAUCAGUCAGGUCAGCAGGAAUCUGGAAGAGCAGGCGGAGGCAGAUUCUCUGCAUGGCUCAGUAGAGACCAUUCCGAGAGGGCAGCUGUGCCUUUUCACCUCGGUGACAGUUCACCUGGAAAGACAGUGAACAGUGAUGAAAUGGCCUCCCCGUCUUCACCCCGUUCUCCACGUCCCAGGGCUGUUCAGCAGCAGACCAUGACAGCGCCAUGCUGCUAUGAGAACUCUCCCUCCAGGGCACGUGUGAUUCAGCCAGCCUGCAGAUCUGAUGGGCGCCAAGUGCCAGAACUUCUUUGUCAACUUACGCCACCACCGUUGCCACCAAAGAAAUAUGCUGUUACUAGCGUGCCACCGUCAGAGAAAAGUGACUCUGUGCCCGAUGUCAGACUUACUGAGGUGUUCAGCAGUUCUGCCAGACCAAGUGCAGCGUCAGAGCCAGGUUCAGAAUUCGGUACGUGUACAAACCACCAGAGAUGCAGAGAAAGCCUUCGAGUGAAGCAGUGCACAGGCAGCGGAGCCCCCCGCCUCUUCAGCGCUGCAGCUUGCGGGUUUCAGGCACACUCGGCUGCCGUUGCCGAGGCACCCUGCCGGCCAGAACGGGACUCCAGCUCUCCGUGCCCAAGUGAGACGGUCUCCUUCACUACCUAUUUUUCAGUUGACAGCUGCAUGACAGAUACAUACAGACUGAAAUACCAUCAGAGGCCCAAGCUCUGCUUUCCAGAGAACAGUGGCUCUUGUCACAGCCCUUCACCACCUCAAAGUGGUGAGGUGUAGGGCCUUUCACCUGAUGGCCCUGGCCACACUGCCCUCCCGCAAGCCCAGCACGCACUGUAGCAGGCAGAUGAUGGAGCCUGCCAGCUUAUCCGCAGAGGCCCUUAAGUUCCUACUGACCAAACCUAGUGACCAAUAAAAUUAGACCCCUGGCAUUGUAAAAUCAGAUACACACACACACACACACACACACACACACCGCGCGCGUGUGCACGCAUAAAUGAGUAGAACUAUAACGUUACAAUGUUUUGCUCUGUGAUGAUCAAUUUAUUGGAUAUUUCGGAAGUUCACUUUGAAUAUCUUGGCAUAACUUGAAAAGCAGAAAGUCAGGGAGUAUAUAAUAUUAUUUGCCAUAUGUAACAGUUGAAUGAAUUAAAUUUGUCCCCCUCUUAUCUGGCUGGUAGACUGUAAGUAUCACACUGGCCAGUUCUCGUGUAAACUGCAUGUCACCUGCCAGCAGCCCAUGGGUCUGGUCAAAGCAGCGUCUGCCUUUUGAAGACACUUUUUGAUGGAGUCUGUCCCUGACUUCUGCCACACCUGAGCCCUUCAAGUGUCUUUAAGAAAAAUCGACCAUGAGUUUUAUAGCAUUUUGGGGAAAAUGCCUUAAUGAUUAAUGAUUUUUAAAAUUUCAAGGUGAGAACUAAUUUCACUCCUAGAACUUUUAUCUUCAGAGUUAGCUGGUUAAAGUAAAUAGACUUUUAACUAUUGUAUGUGUUCAUAAGUACUGCUUUAGCAAGAUGAGAAGUCAAAUUAUGUAAAUUUUAGUAUAUUUAUUUAUUUUGUUACAUCUUUUUUUCUAAUUUUAUGUGAAAUGCUUUGGGCUGCUAAUAACCAGUGUUAGGAUUCAAACCUUGAGUCUUCUUAACUGGAACUGUCAAACUGCCUGUUUCCUCUGCUCCCUUCUUACUUGCUCCUGGGUCAAUUCAUUUUACUCUAUAGACUUCAGAUGAACUUCCUUCCUUUCAUAGAGAGGGUUUAAUUUUAAUGAAAUGUGUAACUAAUUUGGGCAGCCUUCCAAUUUUUUCUUCCACCAAUAGUUUUACCCUCACUACCUUUAUGGAGAGUGCUUUCUUUAAAAAGUAAAGGGAUUUUCAUAUGAUGAACUUAGGAGCAAAAACAACUUCCUUUAACUGCCUUAUAUCUCACUAGUUGUCAGUUUAUUUUAUACUAAGCUGAUAACCUAAUUGGGACUUAGAAUAGUUUUAUAGUGUCUGUUCCAGAGAAUAUAGAAUUAUAGAAUGAAAGUUUUCUUUACAUUCCUAAAUGAAAAACUUCAUAACUUUAUAAUAUACUAGUAAAUUUAAUCUUGACCAAUUCCAUAAAUUAUGGUAAAUUAUUCCAAAAUGUAAGUGGUUAAAAAUGAAGACUUUCAGAUAACAGAAUAUGAUUAUGAAAGGUAACCUCAGAAUUUGUCAGAAUUUGGCCAGACUAUCUUCUGCCUGUAGAGAACUUACUAGCCUUUUCUACCUGUAAGUUAUCUUUUUAUAUGCUCUCAAUUUAGAAAUACUUGAAUAUCAACUAAAUUUUUAUCUUUUCAGAAAACUUGUUUUUAAGUUUUUAUAAUGGUAGCUUUGUAAAUAAUGUAAGGUUUAUAGAAUUGUAUUUGAAAUAUCAAUGUUUUUCAUUGCUGCUUUGAUAACAUUGUAAAAUACUAGAAGAGGGGGCUUCAAGUAUUUUUUAAGACUUUCAAAAGCUUUGUGUGGGCACAUUUUAACUUCUAUUUGGUCAAGAUGUCCAGUUGGGAAUAUAUUAACUGAAACAUUUAGUCUAAUUUCUGUAUUUAAUAGCAGUUUCAUGAAUCUACCUUUUCAACCCCAUUUAGUUGCAAACAUUAAAUAGCAAUGUCCAUUUUUGCCUUUUAAUGUACUGUUAAGAAAACUCCUAUGUAAUUUAGUACUAAACAAACCAGAACCCAUUUGGUUUUGUUGAUUCAGCACUCCAGAAAGAUUCAGUCCAUACUUACCAACUAAUCAUUCACAUGUAAAAUUUCUACUUCUGGGGGCCUGUUAUUUUUAUAGAUAUUUCCAUGUUAUAAGCUUAUAACUUUGUAAUACAGACAAUAUUAUUGAAAUGCUUAAAAUACUUGUCUUCAGAAUUAUAUUUUCAUGUGAAAUCAGUUUCUUUUGGUUCAAAAGUUUUUAAGAUAAAAGUUUAAUUCAACAUG